AUGGCGAACAGUUCUAAUUUUGUGAGCUCUACAAAAUUCCGUCAAAAUAUCCCGAAAAUAUGGAACGCUAAAGAAAUUUGUAAUCAUAUAGCUUCUUCCAACUUAGGUUACGAUAGUAAACGAGUUAAAUGGAUUGGAACUUUUGAUAUAUUGCAGAAAUUUGUCGAAUGCGAACUUAAAUUGGAUGGCAAAUGGUCUUCGCCAGGUGGUUGUUCGAAAAAGUUUACGUGCUAUAAUCUAGAUAUAUCAAUAACUUGGUACCCCAAGAAACUAAAUACACUCGUAUUUCACGGUGAGGAAAGCUCGGGUUUGGUUGACGCGUUAAUAAAUGUGUGUGCAGAGGCAAUCUCUAAAGACGACGGUUUAUCAAACAACGUAUGUGUGUCGGCCAAACAUAGUUCGAUUGCAACUAUAAACUCAGCUGUUGAUGAACCUGAACAGAUGUCUAAUCACUGUAUUAAGGACUUUGAACUAACUGAUAAUCAUCAAAAGGUCAGUAUAGAGCAUGAUUUCAAACUUGGCUGUCAGCGUAGAAUUUUAGCUGCUGAUUUGGAGGGAGUUUAGCUCGAUAUAGCAAUCCGAUGUACAGGGACAUAGAAAAUAAGUUUUUUGCAGCUUACAAUUCACGGGAUAGUGAUAGUGAACAAAUAAGUGAACUUAAACACGAGCUUCUUAAGGAAAAGGAGAAAUGUAGUCAGUUGGAGGCUGAUAUAUCUAUUUUGGUUCGAGGAAGGAAUAGGGAGAUAAACGAAUUAAAAAAUACCAUUACCUCUAGGUGAACCAUUUAUUCCCGAAACAGUCAGCGUUGAAAGCCACCCUUGAUAAUUCAUGUUUAAUUGUCCAACCAGCAAGUUGUAAUAGAACCAACAAUAUACUCGACAACAAAGGUGAAAUUAACAAAGUGAAGUUAAUGGAGCAUAAUAUAAAUAACGACAAAAUCAGCAAAGCUAAGGUAUCGCAAAGUUACUCUCGACGCAAUCAUAAUUAUCCCCCUUACUGUGAGCCAUUGUCGCUGAAAUCGCUUGGAAACUUGCCUCUUAUCGAAAUAUCCAAGCCAUUUAUAACUCAGAAGAAGGAAACCUUUUUAGAAAACCCAUCAAAUAUAUUGAAUGAUAAUACAACUGGUACUGAGACAGUUACUCAGCAUGUGUGCAUUGGCCAAAUACCAGCUGAUAUCUCUGAAUUUAUUGUCUUAGACGGCGACGAAUGCAUGUCUGAGUGUGACAAUACUAAUAACUGUCCUUUUCGGCAGAGCUUUCUGGAGCGUCCCCCGCCCUUGCCUCAUGUUCGAAGAGCGGAAUGGUUGGCGCAUUUAAAUCUUGUUCGCCGGCUGACGGCAAAGUAAAUUCUAAAGAAAAUGAGAGAGAAUCACAUGAAAAUUACAGUUCGAUUCCCGUUGAACUUCUUGUUCAAAAAAUUCCUGUGAAAAUAACCCAUCGCGUAUCAAACUUUCAAAGAAAAAUAAAUGCAAAACCUAGACAAUUAAGAACACUACAGCAUUGUCCUGAACACAUACAAAUGGAAAAUCAAUCGUUUCCAGUACCUAAAUCACUGUUUAUUAAUAAUAUUAUUUGUAAUCUUAAGAAAACGAAAAAUCGAGUACAAGUUUCAGUGGCGUUAGAAGCGGAUUUAUGCGCUACAGAUAUUGACAUACGUGUCGUGUCGGAAACCCAUUUAAACAAUAAAAUUCCAGACUCCGUUGUUGCAAUGGCAUCAUAUAACCUAUACCGUACAGAUAGAGACUAUAAUGCAGAUACACGAAAAAAUGGAGGAAUAGCAGUAUAUCUUCGACAGAACUUGGAAGAAAUUCGUGUCAUUCGGGAAACAGAAUUUGAAAUGAUUAGUAUUAUACUUACUCUCCCAACGGGACAUAAAAUGUUAGUUAUUGGAGCCUAUCACCCUCCAAGAUUUAGUUAUGAUGAAACAGAUUUUUUGAAUCGAAUUGUGGAAGUUGUUGACGAUUUUUUAGACAUUAACCCAAAUGGCUUAGUUCUCUUUGGUGGAGACAUUAAUCAUCUAAACGUUAGUCAACUUUCCACAAUGUCUGGCAUGUUGCCUUUGGUAGACUUUCCCACCAGAGGGCAAGCAAUUCUUGAUAACUGUUUUACAAAUAGACCGGAACUUUUCAAUAAAGCAUACCCAUUGCAUAUACAAAUGAAAACAGACCACUUGGGAGUCAUAAUUCCGGCAGGAAUAAAAUUAAAGCCCAUCCGCACUAAAAUCAGCUUUAGGGACUACAGAGCACAGAAUAAAGUCAAAUUUCAAAAGAAGCUUGCCGAGAAAAGUUGGUCUGAAGUUAUGUCAUUGGAAACAGUUGAAGAAGCAACUAAAGUAUUGGAGAACACUAUCCAUAAUAUGAUAGAUCAAUGUUUUCCAAAGAAAACAGUUACUCUUUCCACUCGUGACCCUCCAUGGAUGUCUCCACUCUUAAAGUAUUUAAUAAGAAAAAGAUCAAAGGCUAAGUCAAGGAGAAAGCUAUCUAUUGCGGCAGAAUUAACAGAACGAAUAUCUGGAAUAAUUUCACAUAAUCGAACAAAAAUGGCAAAGUCCGAGUGUACUGGCACAAGUCAAUGGUGGAAAAACGUUGACUUUUUGUCACAUAGAAGAAAUCGAACACAUAUUAUACUUGACAACGAGUUCAAAGAAAACUUGAACGAUUACUUUGGAGAGUUAUGUUGGGAUAGAGACUAUGAACAGCCAACGUUGAUGGAGAUAGAUUCAAUCACAAUAAAAGCUCCUCAGUUUAGCAUAACCCAGGUCAAGAACGCUUUGUUGAAAAUAAGGAAAACCGCAACAGGCCCUGAUGAAAUCCCAUUUUGGGUAUGGAAAGAAAACGCUGAUGUAUUUGCACCUGUUAUGACCAAGAUUUGGAAUGAAUCUCUCUCUACAUCCACAUGGCCUACCUCUUGGAAAAUUGCUCAUAUAGACCCUCUACCAAAAGUUGAGAAUCCAAAGGAAUAUUGUGAAUUUAGAGGUAUAAACGUCACACCUGUGAUUGGACGAUGUUUCGAAAGAACGGUUUAUCAUUAUCAUAGUAAAAGAUCUUUCGAGGCUGAGUUAUCAUCUUCCCAGUUUGCUUAUCGAAUCGGUGGGUGUAGCACAGACGCCUUAAUUAAAUUACAGUAUAUGUACCUGAAAGAACUAGAAGAACCAAAUUGUGAUGCAGUGAGAUUAAUUGCAAUGGACUUUUCCAAAGCAUUUGACAAUGUAAAACACGCAAAACUGAGUGAAAAAUUGAAAUCGAGUUCUAUGAACCCUUAUUUAGUAAAUUGGUACUUAAAUUUCUUAAAAGAUCGAAGACAGAGAAUAGUUUUCCAAGGAACGACAUGCAAGUGGAAAGAUAUUAACAAGGGAGUUAUGCAAGGAACUGUAACCGGACCACAUUUCUUUAAUUUAUUUAUUAAUGAUUUGGAGAUUAAAAACUGUUCCAACACCCCCCUUGUUAAAUUCGCGGAUGAUUCCUCACUUUUGGUACCGAUUUUGAAGAAUACCCAAGAUUGUAGUUCUAAAGCCAUAGAUGAAUUUAAGGACUGGUCCGAAUCAAACUCUUUACCUUUAAAUGAGGGUAAAUGUAAAGAAAUGAUUAUAUUAAAGAAAGGACGAUCAGAGGAUUGUGUAUCACCAAUUUAUGGUUUUGAACGGCACUCUAGUCUUGAAAUACUGGGGCUAACCUUUGAAAUGACAAGCAGAUUUGAGAAAUGUGUUAAGAAAAAGUUGGUGAAAGCAAAUAAAUGCUUGUUUGUAAUUCGAAAGCUGAGGAAUGAAGGAUAUAGUCAAGACGAAUUAGAUCUUCUUUUUAGGUCACUGGUCCUGUCACAACUUACCUAUGGCUUAUCAGUAAUUGCUGCAUCACCACCGGAGUUAACAACUAUUCAAAACUUCUUAACUCGUUGUUAUAAAAGAAGAUACACAUCAGAACAAAUAGAUAUUAAUAUACUGUUAGAGCAGACAGAUAGAAAGCUGUUUGAAAAGCUGUGUAAACAAAACAAUCAUCCGUUAAGAGAAAUCUGUCCAAAAAUUAAAGAAUAUACAGUAAAACUUAGAACACAAGAGGCACAGUGGCCAAAGAUUUCUACCGAGCGUUUUAAAAAUAGUUUCAUCAAUAGAUGUAUUUUUAGAUAUAAUUUAGCUUUGCAACUCUAA